GUCAUGGCGACUGUCCAGCUUUGUGCCAGGAGCCUCGCGAGGGCUGCUGGGAUAGGGAUUUCCCCCUCCCACGUGCUCAGACUGGCGCUAAAAGUUUUGAGCUGCUCUAAAGUCCAGGGCCACCAUCCUGAGCACAGGUAGCUGCUGGGCUCCGGGGGUACCUGGCGUCCGGGCUUGGAGUGUCCCUCCCAAGACACGCUCCCUUGAGAACCAGCAGCUGUCCUGCUGCCGCUAUGGAGGAGCCACACUCGGACCUCAGCAUCGAGCCUCCACUGAGUCAAGAAACAUUUUCAGACUUAUGGAAACUACUUCCUGAAAACAACGUUCUGUCGGACUCACUGUCCCCUCCCAUGGACCAUCUUCUGCUGUCCCCAGAAGAGGUUGCAAGCUGGCUGGGAGAAAACCCGGAUGGAGAUGGCCAUGUGUCAGCAGCUCCUGUAUCAGAGGCCCCAACAUCAGCAGGCCCUGCCCUGGUGGCCCCUGCACCAGCUACUUCCUGGCCUCUGUCAUCCUCAGUCCCUUCCCAUAAGCCAUACCGUGGCAGCUAUGGUUUCGAGGUGCACUUCCUUAAGUCUGGGACAGCCAAGUCUGUCACAUGCACGUACUCCCCUGGCCUCAACAAGCUCUUCUGCCAGCUGGCAAAGACCUGUCCUGUGCAAGUAUGGGUGGAAUCACCACCCCCACCUGGCACCCGAGUCCGUGCCCUGGCCAUCUACAAGAAGUCACAGCACAUGACGGAGGUGGUGAGACGCUGCCCCCAUCACGAGCGCUGUUCCGAUAGUGAUGGCCUGGCCCCUCCUCAGCAUCUCAUCCGGGUGGAAGGAAAUCUGCACGCAGAAUACGUGGAUGACAGAACCACUUUCCGCCACAGCGUGGUGGUGCCCUAUGAACCGCCUGAGGUCGGCUCCGACUGCACCACCAUCCACUACAACUACAUGUGCAACAGCUCCUGCAUGGGAGGCAUGAACCGGAGGCCCAUCCUCACCAUCAUCACGCUGGAAGACUCCAGUGGGAAACUGCUGGGUCGAGACAGCUUUGAGGUACGUGUUUGUGCCUGUCCUGGAAGAGAUCGGCGCACAGAGGAGGAAAAUUUCCGCAAGAAAGGAGGCCUGUGCCCUGAGCCAACACCAGGAAACAUUAAGCGAGCCCUGCCCACCAGCACCAGCUCCUCUCCACAGCCAAAGAAGAAACCACUGGAUGCAGAAUACUUCACCCUUAAGAUCCGUGGGCGUAAAAACUUCGAGAUACUCCGAGAGAUAAACGAGGCCUUGGAAUUCAAGGAUGCCCAAACUGAGAAGGAGCCGGGGGAGAGCAGGCCUCACUCGAGCUACCCGAAAUCCAAGAAGGGGCAGUCUACCUCCUGUCACAAAAAACUGAUGUUCAAGAGAGAAGGACUCGAUUCAGACUGACGUCCUCGGCCUCCUGUCUGCCAUCCUCAGUGUACCCUACCCCAGCCCGUCCCCUCCCCGGGAUUUGGAACCCCGCCGCUUGAAUCUUUUCCCGCUGUAGGUGUGCCUCAGAAAUGCCCAAGAGUUCUGCCAUUUGCCUUUCCUGGACCCCACUCAAGGAAUUGGCCUGUACUGGUGUUUGGGGAAGGGUGGUGGGAGCCAGGAUACACCACCUGAGUUUUUAAGGUUUUUUACCAUGAGCAGAGUUAGGACAGAGAAGAGAAUGUUCUUGCAUAUAAAGAUCAGAGUUUACAAUCAGCCAUAUGCCCGGCUGGAAGCCCAGUCCUCAGACUGAGCUCACUGGGAAAGCCAGGGCAGGUCAUUUAAUGUCUCCUAACUUGAAUAUUCACAUCUAUGAAGUGCUAAUCAUCACAGCUACCUCCCAGGAUUUGUUGGGGGGGCUGAUGAAAGAACCUGUGUCUGCCCGUGAACCCCCUCUUGUUACUUGGGGGCUGGUGCGUAUUUCCAGGGUGAGGCUUCAGCAGGUGCCUCCACCUCUUGCUGACCCUUGGCCCUGAAAGGCAACCUCACCGGGUCUCACACCCUGCGGGAUCCCAUCUCCAGCUCCCAGAGGGUCUGUCUCCCCCGAGACCCGUUUUACUGUCCCGCUUCCCCUACUCAGGGUCAGUUUCUUUUGCACUCUUGAAGGCACAUCUGUAUUUGUCACCCCCACUCUUCCCUUUUUGUAUCGCCUUUUUAUAUCAGUUUCUUAUUUUACAAUAAAACUUUGCUA